GUGUAUUGGGUUGCCUGCGAUCCAUCAAAAACUGUCACCGUGACUGUCACCCAUGCCAAUUAAAAAUUUUCCAAACAAUGCCACACAUUUAUUAAAAAAUACCCGAUUUCUAUUAAUUGUCAGAAGGAAAGCCCUAAAUCCCCAAAAUGUCCGGUUAUCAAAGGUUAUGGAAGCUCAAAGGGAGCCUCGCGUCCCUCAAAAAUUACAAGAAUAUUAGCAAAUUAAACGAUAUUUUGGGCAAGGAAAUCGAUGCCGCUUGUGGAAAAUUGAAAGUUUUAUCAGACACAACCGUUGGCUUAAGUCGCAUUAAGGAAAUCAACCAAUUACUCAGCAAAGAAUGCAACAAAACCAUCAAUAAGGUCUCACGUAACAGCUAUUGCAGCUUGUUCACCUUACCCGACUCCUUGGAGAGGAAAAAGGAGCAAUUAAAACGAAAGUUCAUUAAGCCCCAAAAAAUCAAAAAAGAGCUGCUAGAGAAGCUUUUAAGCAACAAAUUGCCCCAUGGCUUCGCCCUGGGGGCCACAGGCCUUAGCCUAAGGGAGAGCCAAACCGGUGCAGCCCUAGAAGCAGCCUCAAAAGCCGAUGGGGUCCCGGAGUCGAUCCCGGAACCCCCGCCCCUUCCGGACGUCGCUUCGGAGGCCCUAAACCAACUGAACGCGUUGGGGGAGCCCACCUUGGCCUCCCUGGGGCUGGGGGGCUGGACCCCCGUGGGCAUCGUCCAGAACUGUUUGGAGUACGUGCACGUGACCAUGGGCCUGGAAUGGUGGGCCACCAUAGCUUUAGGCACGUUGGUUAUCAGGCUGUGCCUGUUUCCCCUCGUGAUAAUCGCCCAAAGGAACGCCGCGAGGAUGAACAAUUAUUUGCCCCAGAUGCAGAUGAUUCAGAUGAAGUUGUCCGAGGCACGUCAAACCGGGGAUGCGUUGAACGCGGCCCGAUAUAGUCAGGAAUUGAUGCGUUUCAUGAACGAGAAGGGCCUGAACCCUCUGAAGAAUAUGGUCGUGCCGUUGGUUCAGGCGCCGAUUUUCUUGUCUUUCUUCAUGGGGCUCCGGAAGAUGGCCAACGUGCCCGUGGAGAGUCUGAGGACCGGCGGGAUCCUGUGGUUCCCCGAUCUCACCCUGCCCGAUCAGUAUUUCCUGUUGCCGGCCAUCACCAGUUUGACCCUGUGGGUGACUAUAGAGGUGGGUGCAGACGCCGGUAGACUCUCCUCCCAGAACAUGGCCAUAAUGAAAUACGUCCUGCGGGGUCUACCCUUAGUGAUCCUGCCCUUCACCCUGAAUUUCCCCACGGCCAUUUUGUGCUACUGGGUGUCCACCAAUUUCAUCUCGCUGGGUCAGGUGGCGUUCCUGCGGAUCCCGAAGGUGCGAAACUACUUCAACAUCGAGCCGUUGAUCAAUUACACGCCCGAGCAGUUGCCCACGAAACCCAAAGGGUUCACGCAAGGGAUUAAGGAAUCUUGGGCCAACGUUAAGAUAAGCAGGGAGCUGGAGGAGAGGAGGAGGAUCGACGAGUUGCAGUUCCAGAGGGCGGGAAAGGGUCCCAUCCAGAAAACGUACAAAUACGACCCCACCAAGGGGGUGCCGAUCAGUGCGAAAAAGCGCGAUUAACGUAUUGUUAUAUUUUAAGGUUAAAAUAAACGUUUGUUUUUAGUUUAAA